CACCACCCCUCUCGGACAGCUCCGAAGACUCAGCCCUCUAACGCACAAUUCUCGUUCGACCUCUCCUCCCCGCCCCACAGAUCAAAACCGAAAAUCGAAACUGCGCUGGGGUUCAUGCAGCAGGAGCCUGCACCCGCCGGAUCCUUGGAGCCCAAGCAGGACUCCGCACUGCCCCACACGCCCACCAUGCCUCACCCAGAGUCGCUCUCCGAAGACCACCAGCCCAGCCCUGGACACAGUCUCACCGAGCAGGCCACCGAGGAGGAGUUCCAGUUCCUGUGCUGCCAGGGCUGCAAGGCAGAAGCCAAGUGCCCUAAGCUGCUGCCUUGUCUGCACACGCUGUGUUCAGGAUGCCUGGAGGCGCAGAGCACGCAAUGCCCUAUUUGCCAGGCGCCCUGGCCCCAAGGCGCUGAUGCGCCGGCCCUGGAUAACAUCUUCUUCCAGAGUCUGCAGCAGCGCCUGUCGGUGUACCGGCAGAUCGUUGACCCAGGGGCGACUUGCACCCGCUGCAAAGAGCCGGCCGACUUCUGGUGCUUCGAAUGCGAGCAGCUCAUCUGCUCAAAGUGCUUCGAGGCCCACCAGUGGUUCGUCAAGCAUGAAGUCCGGCCCCUGACAGAGCUCCGCGGUCAGUCUGUGCGCGAGUUCCUGGACGGCAAGCGCAAGUCCAACAACAUCUUCUGCUCCAACCCCAACCACCGCAGCCCUACCCUGACUAGCAUCUACUGCCGCGGCUGCUCCAAGCCACUGUGCUGCUCCUGUGCGCUCCUGGAUAACGGCCACAGCGACCUCAAGUGCGACAUCAGCGUGGAGAUCCAGCAGCGGCAAGAGGAACUAGAUGCCACGACGCAGGCGCUGCAGGAGCAGGACUGCGCCUUCAGUGCGGCGCAGGCACAGAUGCACUCUGCCGUCAGCCAGAUGGGGCGCGUGCGCAGCGACAUGGAAGAGCUGAUCCGCUCGCGUGUGCGUCAGGUAGUGGCGCAUGUGCUGGCGCAGGAGCGCGAGCUGCUGGAGGAGGUGAACACGCGGUACCAGCGUGACUACAAGGAGAUUGCGGGACAGCUGGGCCGCCUGGACGCUGUGCUGCAGCGCAUCCGCACAGGCAGCGUGCUCGUACAGAGAAUGAAGCUCUACGCCUCAGACCAGGAGGUGCUGGACAUGCAUGGCUUCCUGCGAGAGGCGCUUGGCCGCCUGCGCCAGGAACAACCCCAGAGCUCGCAAGCUGUCGUGCGCACUGACAGCUUUGACGAACUCAAGGUGCGCCUGCAGGACCUGGUCUCUUGCAUCACCCAGAAGACAGAUGCAGCUCUACCCAGAAGAACCAGCCCAGAGGCUACCAGCACUCCCAGGGCCCCUUUUGAUGUUGACCUGGACCCGGGCCCAAGACUAAUCAGAUCUCCAUGGAAAACAGGUCUUCUGAUGGGGGUGGUCAGGAUGCCAGAGGGGCCACAGAUGGUUCAGGCACAGGCCCUGGGGCUGGCUGAGAAUCAGCCUGUGGCUGUGGUACAGUCGGUUCCUGGGGCACACCCUGUACCCAUGUAUGCCUACUCCAUCAAAGACUCCUCCUGUAGAAAGGAGGUCUCCAACACAGCCACACCACAGAAGAGGAAGUCCUGCCAGACCGAGUGCCCCAGGAAAGUCAUCAAGAUGGAGUCUGAGGAGGAGAAGGAGGCCAGGUUGGCCCGGAGCUCCCUCGAGCAGCCCAGCACCUCCAGGGCAGUAUCACCACCCCACCUGGAUGGGCCCCCCAGCCCCGAGAGCCCCACCGUAGGAAAUGAGGUCUUACCGCUUAACAGCAACCAUGAGACUGGCGACUCUGGAGAGGCAGUUUCAGAAGAGCGCAUCGUGGUGAUCAGCAGCUCAGAAGACUCAGAUGCUGAAAACUCGUCCUUCCAAGAGAUGGAUGGCAGCAGCAGCGAGUCCAGUGACCUUCAGCUGGAGAGCCCCAACUCCCUCGGGGUCUUGAACGACAGCCUCGCCGACCCCCAAGCAGAAGACAGGCCCCUGGUUUUCUUUGAUCUCAAGAUUGAUAAUGAAACUCAGCAGAUUAGCCAACUGGCAGCAGUGAACCAGAAAAGCAAGUUCCGAGUGCUCAUCCAGCCUGAGGCCUUCGGCAUAUACUCCAAGGCAGUCUCCCUGGAGGUGGGGCUGCAUCACUUCCUCCGCUUCCUGAGCUCCAUGUGCCGCCCUGUCUUGGCCUGCUAUAAGCUGUGGGGGCCCAGCCUCCCCUACUUCUUCCGGGCCCUGGAGGACAUGAAUAGGCUGUGGGAGUUCCAGGAGGCCAUCUCGGGCUUCCUGGCCAUCUUGCCCGUCAUCCGGGAGUAUAUGCCCGGGGCCAGCAGCUUCAAACUCAAGAGUCUAGCCAAGACCUACCUGGCGAGAAACAUGAGCGAACGUAGCGCCCUGGCCGCCGUGCUGACCAUGCGUGACCUAUGCCGCCUCCUCGAGGUCUCCUUUGGCCGCCAGAUGGCCCAGCACACCUAUUCCUUCAGCAGCCUGCAGUGCUUCACAUCCCUGCAGCCCCUGGUACAGGCAGCAGUCCUGACACGUGUCGAGGCCCGCCUCCUGGCCCUCCACAACGUGAGUUUUGUGGAGCUGCUGACUGCACACCGCCGUGACCCACAGUGGGGCUUGAAGAAGUAUAGCCGCUACCUGCAGGCCACCUCAUUGCCUCCUGCCCAGUCUGUUCUCAGCCUGCAGGCUCUAAGCACCUACUUCAAAGAUCUGUUGGAGGGGCCGGCCUUGGCACAGGCAGAAGGCACCUCUACUCCUCUCACUGCCCACAGCUUGGGUGAAAGGGCCUCCCAGCAGAGCUGAGAGAACGGGAUGACUGGCUUGGAAUCUCUGGGGGCAGAGAGGGAUGGGGUCCCUGGACCAGGCCCCACCCAUCAUAGCAUUUCAAGUUCCUAGUCCCCAGUACCCAGGUGGCAUUCGGUCCAGAAUCAUUUCUCCUUCUUUGGGACCAAAAUCCCCUUCUCUAAAAACCCUACAGAGAAGAUCUGGGGCCACCAGAUCCUCUGUGCAGGCCCUGGGCGCACCGGUGGGUUAACUCACCAGACCCCUGGCCCCUACCUUCUGGGAGCCAGACCAAGGAGGUCCUGGGUGAAGACAGCCUCUGAGCUCUCUAAGUGGCCCCCAUCUUGCCCCAGUCACCUGACUUGCCACUUCCAUGGGUAUCCUUGCAGCUCCUCCUUGACCCCUGGCCACUGCCCAGGGGACCUGCUGACCACUCCCAUGGACACUGCCUGCAACACCGGUGGUACCACAGAUACCCAAAGUGCCUUUCAAGCCAAACUGCUCUUCAUGAGCUGGGGCUCUCCCAGCCUCUGCCUGCCUGGAGGCUGGCCCUCUGUUCACUUCCCCCUGGAGCAUUUUCAUCUCCAAAGGGCCCUCACAGCUGCAGAGACGGAAGUUGCCAUGCCAUGCCUGUCCCCACUUUCAAAGUCUGACCCCUCCCUCCAUGCUUGCUUCCUUCCUCUUGGCCACACAAAUACCUCCCCUUAGUCGAGGCUUUGCUCUUUGAUCUUCAGGCCACCAACCCAUCCCAGCAUGGCCUUUUGCUCUGUCUGCAAUGCCCACCUCAGCCCUCCCAAGGAAUAUCCUCCAGCCAGUGCUGCUCUCUGUAUAGUACAGGGACCCACACAUUGGCUUCUCCUGACAGCCUCUACCCCAGGCCUCUGGAAUCAGACUCUCUGGAGUGGGGCUCAGCAAGCUGUUUAGUUUAACAGGUUCUCCAGAUGAUUUUGAUGCCCACUAAGUUCCAGAACCAUUGCUGUGUAGACUGUUCCUCAAACGAGAAGCAGUGUGGAGUAUCUGAGAAAGUCCUGGCCCUGGCACCAACUGUGUUAAUUAGAUGUGACCUAGGAAAGGGCCCCUUCCUGAGCUCCCAUGUCCCCACCCAUAAAAUGGGCUGGUUGGCCAAGAUAGUCUCAGAGUCCAAUUCAUCUCUGCCAUUCUGGGGCUUUAGGAAUGGACAACAGGCCACUGAGGCAGUGGACAAGAUGGUUUCCUUCUUGAACCCUAGCUCCCAGCCCUAAACUAAGGUCCCCAACCUUGUGCUCACACCAGAGAUCAGUAGCAGAACACAGGCAGGUCAGGGUCAUCCCCUCUGACUAGCAGAACCACUGUCCCCUUCCCUGCUCCCAUCCUUCUUCCUCAGCUCCCUGCUUCUGGGGCACAGCCCAGAACCCCAACCUCUAUGGCCUCAGCUUUCAUGUGGAUGAAGGGCGUGCGCCCACACCUCAGCCCUGAUCCAGUGGGUGCCCUGAAGACCCACUAAGGAAUUACAUAGUAUCUUGCUACCAUGGCAGGAGUGCUGGUUAUAACAGCACCAAUGCAUUUAAAAUAAGAUUCUGAUUUAAAGCAGGUGCUGCCUCUGAAGCUGGUGGGAACAGACUGAUGGGGAGAAGGCAGGGCGGGAUGUAACUGUGAUGAGUCUUGUCCUGGCAGCUGCAAGGCAUCCUCACCCUGGACUGAGCAGUGCUCACUGAUUUCUAGCCCCACAACGCUUGCUUUCUUCCGACGUAGCCAAUCACAGGCUUUAUAACAUAAUGCUGUUCUGCCCUCUCUCCACUUUCACAGCCUUUAAUAAAGAUGUGAAUCUUCAAAA